CUAGUUCAAACCCCAGUCUAUCAUUAAAAUUCACCCUAGCGAGUACUAAAUCUCACCACAAUGGCAACCUCUGGACGCCUACCAGCCGGAUACAUCAACCCAUCCUCACUAGCCCCGUCCUCCUACCGUCCGUACACAAAAGAACACUCCAUACACGCAACACCCUCGCAACUAUUAGAAAACUACCGCAAGAACCCUCUCGAUAAACCACCUGGCUACCUCCCGCAAGCAACAGAUUUCUUAAAAUACCCUACUGAAUUAAAACCCCUUGGUGUUUUGGAUUAUUCCGCGCAGGGACGCACAGAAUAUUCACAUGAACAAGGCUAUCGAGGUAUACGCCCUGUAGUGGACACAUUCUCAAUCACAAGAUUCAGUCCUGGAGAGUGGAGACAACACAAUCAAGAUUUACUAUUGACCUCACACGCAAAACAGAAUAAAUGUGAAAAUGCCGAGUGGAAUGGUUUGGAGUGCAUUGAAAAUGUGCGCAUGCAAACUGACGAUGCACAAAGAUCGAACACGGAGAGAUUAUGGCAAAGGGAGAAAGAAAUAUAUCAUUGGCAGACACAACUUGAGGAUGGUAUUGAGCGAAUGAAUGAUGAAAUUGACUUAUUGAAGAGGGAAAGAGUAAGGUUACAGAAUUCAAGGCAAAUGGUACUAAUACCAAUGUCAAUAGCAAGAGAAAGUUUACAACGUCGUACAAGUCGUAUAGAUGUAGAAUUAGUUCGUGAUGAAGUUGAAGAAGCCCUUACAGUCGAAAUGUCUUUGACUGCACAGAUAAAAGAUUUAUUAGAGCAAACGUUGCGUGAUUUAGAGAUGCAAAUGAUUGAAAACACAUCGGCACAAAGGCAGAUGACGUAUGAUUGGGCUGAAAAAGUGCGUGCGUUUGAAUUGGAAUCAACAAAUGCUGAAUUGAGAAAUCAUUCGACUACUAUUCAAUGGAAACGAGGAAUUACACAAUUCCCUAAUGAUCAAUCUACUGUUGAAUUGUGGAAUAAAUUCGUUAAAGAUAUCCAUCAGAAUGGUGAAACUAUCCGAGAAAAAUCCGCGGCUUUUAGGGGAACUUUAGAUGCUAUAUUGGUGCAUGCAGCGCGUGAUUUACGAACACAAGCUGAUAGAGUGGAAAAUGCUUUGAAUAAUCGCAUUGCAACUACUGAAGAAAUGAGAAGACAAUUGGAACUGGAGCUUAAAAAGACGCUAAUAAUUCUAUUCAACAAAUACGAAAUCGCCACUCCAGCAUCUUGUUCGUCCGCGUAUGGAGCAAAACCAUGUCCCUACGUGCCGUCCCCACCGGGGGAGCGUCCCCCAUGUGCCAAAUACGGAUAUACGUAUUGCGAGUAUCCAGAACAUUACCCAAAAGAUUUAGUAAUGCACCUGAUAGAAAAAUGGAAAUUCGACCAUGGUACACUGCUACAAAACGAAACACCCUCUGAUUAUAGUGUGUAUACCCCUGCACCCCCGCGUGAUACAUACGGCCCACCCCCAAACACAAUAUACCCCUAUCCAGCGCCUGUAUACGGCCCACCAGCUAAUACGCAUGAUCCAUACGCAAAUCGCAGCCCAAAUAGCUACAUACCACCCCCGCCCAUACACCACCCCCUUCAAAAUCAAUCUUAUCCUUAUCCGCCGGCCUCUAACUACCCCCAACCGAAAUUUCCAUAUAAUAGUAAUGUAUAUCACGAUGUUCAACAGAAUCAUUAUAAAAAUAUGCAUUUCCAACCGGAGUUUAAUAGAUUCCAACAAAAUGUUUGGAAUAAAUGGAAUGGUCGAAAAUUUUACAUGCGAAAAAAGCGUUCGGUGCUUAAAAAAUAUUUAAACAACGAAUACAAUUCCACGUUACUCUUGGGUGAUAAACCCGAGUUUCUAUCAAGAAAAAGACGACAAUCAUCGUCAGCACAACCACUUUGCGAUUCAUUUUCGCAGUUUAUAAUGCCCCGAGCGGCGAUGAACAACAAGGGUGAUUGGAUGUACGUGGUUAAUGUACCGGAAGCGGAUGGAAGAUAUUCCCAAUUGGUCAAGAGUGAAACCUGCGUCCGAACCGGCCGAUGUUCGAACUUGUGCAGCAUACCCGAUGGCUAUGCGUCGAGAUGCGAACAACGAUACGUGCAGAAAAGAUUAGUAGCGGUCGAACCGGGCGGCGGUAAUCUCUACACCGAUAUUUUCUGGUUCCCCAGUUGCUGUCUAUGCACGAUCAAUCGCGUCUAACACUUGGAUUUGUUAAAUUAUUGUUUCUUGUGUAUAAUAAAACCAAUGAUUUGUACACGC